AUGGCGUGGCGGACGGCCUCUCCAGCAUCGUCGUCCAAGCAUCUCGCUUGCAUGUGGAAUGUGAAAAAACGUUUGGUUUUGGCGGGCGGCGCGGUGCAGCCGGCUAUAAGUAAGAGGUGCACACGCGGCGGCGAGGUUAGUCGCCGUUCGGCAGCGCGUCGCCAGCGGUGUUAUACUCCCACGCCGCCCCCCACCGUCAGCAGCCCGAGUGAGCCGGGCAGUGCGCGAAGCACCGCACACCAGUACGCACUCUACCCGCCGCCGCCAUGCUCGCCAGGACAGCCCUAUUACUUGCUCUCUGUAUCUACACCGUCGUUGCGGAUG